UGGGCUGUAGCUGUAGCUGUAGCUGGACGCAUGUACAUCAAGCCGCAAGCCAUUGGGGGGAGCUUGGUAGCUCUGUCGAUCCACGUCGCGGCGCAUCCCAGCUCCAUUUGGUACUCGCUACAGGCCGUAAGUUGGGCUACAGGCUACACUCGCUGUAAGUCAGGUGUCUCGCAUCUGUCCAUUUAUGCGUCGUCUCGCGUUCCGCCGUGGGGCUGCUUGCCGCCCUCUCCUGUGUGAUGCAAGGUAGGUAGCAAGCAACAGCUCCUUUAUUAGCAGCACUUCCCCCACCUACGUAGCUGCUUGUCUACAGCAACCAUAUCAACAACACCACUUCAACUUCAUCUUCGUUUUCAUUCCCCAGAAACUCCGCCAUCAUGGAUUUCCUCAACCGCGCCAAGGACCUCCUCGACGACGACAAGGACCGCAAGGAAGAUCAGCAGUACCCCGCCCCGGGCUCGAACAAGCCCGCGGGUGGCAUCGCUAGCUUCCUCGGAAGCCUCGACUUCGACGAUGCCAAGGAGGAGGCUAGCAAGAACGCUGGCUCGUCGGGUGACAAGGACUUUUUCGGCAACAUCCUUCACGCCGUCAGCCAGAAGAAGCUCUCUCACGAUGAUGUCGACGAGGAUGACGCCAUCAACAAGCACAAGAAGACGUACGAUGACGACGAUGACGACGCCGAUGAGAACAGCCUAGGCACCGCCGCUGCUCUGCAGGCCCUAAAGCUCUUCAACAAGGGUGAAGCCAGCAGCAACAACAGCCAGAGUGCCUACCUUGGUCUUGCCAUGUCAGAGGCCAGCAAGCUCUUCGACGACAAAGCCUCCAAGGACAAGGUGUCAUCCGGCACAAGCAAGGACGCUGUCGUCCAAAAGGCCACCGAGGUCGCCAUGAAGAUGUACCUGAAGAGCCAGGGCGAGCAGCAGGGUGGCCUGGUGGGCUUGGCCUCCAAAUUCAUGAAGUAAACGAUGGCACGGGGAGCAUGAUGAAUCAAGACUCAAAGAAUGACGACGAAGCUUGAAUCCCGUCAUUGACUAUAGGUAAAACGGGAUCUUUAUUUCGCAAA